CUCUGUCUCUCUUGGCUGAUGGGUUACAAGGAUCGAACAGACUCACAGGCAGGGAGCGAGGCAGAGAGGUAGGUAGGUACAAAACAGACAGACACAGAAGAGACCUCUAGACCCUGCUGGCUGCAUGUCUCACAGCUAUAGCAAUUGCACAUUCAUCCAUCCAUCCACUCAUCGGUCGGCCGGUCCGCGGCCUAAAUGCCGCAGCAACCAGCCCAGAUACAUACACACACACACACAGGUAGGUAGGUACACAGCCAGUACGUCUUCGCCGAUCGGUCAGAAGAUGGAUCGAUGCGGGCGUGUAGCUAUCUAUGGGCUCACUCACUCUCGACGGAACGGACGGCUACCUCCAGGUUUUUGCGGAGGCACCCACCCCCCCAUGGCCACCCACGCCGCGCCCCAGACCGCAGCUUGUUUGUCGUUUACGUCAUUAUUUCUCAAUAACAAAAGCACAGCAUCGCAUUCAUUCAUUACGUAUGGACGUACGUAUGCAGCACUUACCACUUAGCACAUGAGGUAUAGCACAUAAGAGAGAUAUAUCGAUGAGCCCAUCGAUGGAUGCCACACGCGCACACGCGCACACGCACACACGCCACGCUUUUCCUGUACAUAACCAUACACACACACACACAGAGACAGACAGACAGAGACAGACCGAUAUCCCUCCCUGUACAACAACACGCCACGGAUGGGAGAGUGUGUGGGGGUGUGAGAGCGCCUUUUGCACCACACAGGCAGGCCGGAAAAAACAAGCAGAGCAAGUAGGGAAGGAAGGAAAAGCACGCAGACAGGCAGACAGGCAGACACGCACACCGCACCAUACCGCACCACGCCAGUCGUCAGCAUUAGAAUGAUAUGUACGACAGGUAUGCAUCCGAUGCACCUCUAUGACAUGACAUGAUGUGGCCAGCCACAUCCGAUGGCAUCACCCGCACGGAUGAACGUUGCAGAAAAGAACGUCAACAUCAACGGGUGGGCAGGUCGGCAAAUGGAUGGAUGGAUGGAUGGACGGAUGGACGGCAUGGCAUGGCGGCCGCUGAGGUGAACUGGCCGGGCCGCCAUCUCUCCUGUCUGUCUUUCUGUCUCCUUCUCUCUCUGUGGGUGCUCACUAAGUGUGUUGUAUGUGCGUUGCCUGCGGGCGGAAGGCAUGUGAUGUGCCACAUCACACCCGGCAGACACGUAUCGUGGUCAUCAUGAAGCAUGUCAACCUGAUGCGGCAGGAUUCAUGCCAACCACAGCGCGUGCACCGCACACCCCUGUGUUACGUGACCGCAUUGAUCCAAGCCGCCGUGCGCCCGCCCUCCCUCCCUUUCUCUCAGGCCGCCACGCCAGGAAAAAUAUGGAGGCACUUAGUGAAGUUGUGACGACUGAAACACCUAUGUUUGUAUGGACGGAUGAAUGGAUGGAUGGAUGUACCUACCUGAAUUGUGGGAAUGAGUGAGUCAGUGGGUGAAUGGGUGGGUGGUGGGGUGGGGUGGGUGCGAUGUGACGUCAGCCAUGACAGACAGACACGUACGGACACACACAGGUACACUACACACACGUGCGAUCGAGCUGGUCAGCACACACAGACAGACAGACAGGUAGACAGAUUGUGCGGGCGUGGUGAUGUGUUAUGUUAUGGCUGUGGUGCGAGACCCUCCCUCCCGCCCUCUCUCCCUGCCUCCCUGCAGCCAGUAGGUCAAUUCAUCAAAUGCAGAAAAUAGAUAAGAUACCUGGCUGUCUGUCCAUGGGCGGGGGGCUGGGCGGGUGGAUAGAUGGAUGGAUGUGUGCACUGAGUGAGUGAGUGAGUGAGUGUGCGGGUGGGUGGGUGAGUGCGAUCGAUCGAUCGAUGGUAUGGAUGGUAGGUAUGAAGUGGCACAACCCCCUUUCUGUCUCUCUUGUCGGUCUGGCUGGCUGGCUGGCUGUCUGGCUGUCGGGCUGUCUGUCUGCUCAGGUCGUUCCUUCCCCUGCCAGUCACCGAUGGAUCGACAUAGAGAGAUUAGUCAGCCCAACAACCAUUACCCACCCACCCCCACGGCUGUCUGUCUUUGCGUCGGUCUCUUUCCCCUCACACCACCCACAUGAGCGAAUUCUCUCAUCAUCUGUGGCUGCCUCUUCCUUCGUUGGUUCGUUCGUUCGUUGGUUUGCCUGCCUGAUUACAUUUCCGUCUGUCUGUCUAUCAUCCCGGACCCCGCGCACAGGCACAGCACAGAGAGUAGCUAGCUAUGAGCAUGUCACACGCACACACGACACACGGACAUCCAAUGAGCAAACCAAGCCAAAGAGAAAUAGAGAAAACACAGGAGCGGUUUCUUGCUCCUUUCGUGCACACAAUCACGUCAUGCAGGCGCAUACACACAGACAGACAGGCAGACAGGCAGACAGGCAGACAGGCAGACAGGCACCACAGACACUUGACUCACUGACCCAACGAACCCAUCGAUGUGCGCAGCGCAUCCAUCACACACAUACACAGAGAGGAAAGUCCAGAAGGUAUGACUAGUUAUCCACGCACACACAGACAGACAGACAGGCACAUACAUACGCACACACAUAUGUAAGACACCACACCACAGCAACCAAGCCAAGCUACCCUCCCCCCACCACUCACCAUCUCUCCCGCCAUGCAAGCCUGCCAUGGAUCGUUGUCGAAUUGUUUGCCUAUACAGACACCGCCGACCGCUUGGUGCAUCCACAUCACAUACACACCCGCUCCCUCCCGCUCCCUCCCUCCCUCUCCCAAACAAAGCCACCCCACCCACACAUCCCUCUCCCUCCCCGCCCUCAGCAGCAGCAUCCAUCGUACACAGAUAGCAAGAUAGAUAAGAAAACCCAGAUAAACAAGACAUGUCAAUAAACAAGCGAGCCGAGCAAUCAACAAGGAAGCAUCACUGUGUCUGUCUAUCGCAUCGCAUCGCAUCUCACCCACAGACAGACAGACAGAUGCAGACACGGUCGAAUGCCCCCUUUCCCUCCCUCCCUCCCUCCCUCCCUCUCUCCCCGCAAUACAUCCAUCACACGGCCACAGGUAGUGCCACCCUGAGCAUGCCGAUCCUUGGGUGCUUGUGGGGCCGCUUGGUCACGAUGCUCUCGCACGCCAUCUGGUGCUUCCUCCCCCCUCCCACCACUCCUCCUACGCCCUUGUCCUCGCACUCGCCACCCCGCCGCUGCUGCUGCUGCAUCUGCUGCAUCGUCACGCACACGUGCAUCCCCCUCCCCGCCUCCCUCUCCCUCUCCCUUUCGCGCUUGCUGCACGAGCCUGAGACGCUGCCCACAUCCACUGCGUCGUUGUUGUGCUGCCCAUUGUGUCCCCGCUUGAGGAAGCAGAGGAGGGAGGCGACGACAUCGUCGCUGGGUCGUGUGAAGGUGGGCGGUGGGCGGGGGGGCUUGGGGGGGAGCGACUGGGGUAUGGGCAGGAUGAGGGGGCGGGUGCGGCGCGAUGAUGGCUUGGGCGGGUAGCCGUCGAAGAGCGCCAGACGCAGACCUGAUAUAUCGGAUGGAUGGAAGGAGGGAGAAUAACACAUCACAUCACAUGGGAUGGGGGGUGUGUUUAGGUUGUUUGUUGCUGUGUCUGCUGUGCUGUGCUGUGCUUACCGUCGUCUUGGUGGAUGGGUGCGAUGGGUUUGGGGUCGAAGGGGUCACUGGUCGGCUUGGCGGUGACGGAAAACAAAUAGUUGCCACACAUCAGGCAGUGGACAGCUGACACACACACACACACACACACAGCCAGCCACACAGACAGAGAGAGAUGCGUGCAUCACCUCAGACGACGCCAACACACAUCGCUCCCCGCCCUUCGCCCCCUCCUUUUUCUCCGUACCUGCGUCACUAUUCCUGUGUGAGCACCGCCAGCACGUGACACCACCCCUGCACCCUCCCCCUGCAGCGGCUUUCUGCUUCUGCUUGACCCCACUGGCACCCCCCACCCCGUGGCCACCCUCAUGGUGGCACGACGACCCCUCUGUGGUCGUCACUUUGUCGACGCGCCGCCUGCCGGUGGGCGUGGGGGUCCGAUCGUCAUAGAUGUAGCCAUUGACGACCCGCUCGGGACCCCGCUCCAUGUAGAUGGCUAUCGCAUCGUCGAUGGGCAUCGCUAAGCCUGCCCUUACUGCUGCUGCUGCUGCUGCUUGCUGCUGCAGAGAGAGAUGGUCGGGCCACUCGGCAACCAGCAGAGAGAGACGCGGAAGGGAUGAGGGAGUGCCGUCACUCAGCUUGAGGGCAUUCCCCUCUCGGCUGGCUGCUCUGCUGCCCGCCCUGCCGAGUCAAUGGGAGACCGUUGCUUACGUCGUUGCUGCUGCUGUCGUUGCAAGGGCAGCCUGCCCCACCUGCUGUGAUUGUGUGGUGGUUGCUGCUGCAGGUCAGUCACUGCCACUCAGACAGACAGACAGACAAGCAGACAGGCGAGAGAUGGAUGGAGCGGCGAAGCAAUGAGAGAGGAGCUGGUGAGGGUCGGUCAGGCUCGUGGCCUGGAGCUCGGCAGCUCGGGCGCAUCCAUUCCUCCGAG